AUGACUAUUGUCCCGCGACGCUGGCUCGGGGGCUUCACAACAAGUAUAUGGCGCCUGGCAGAAUCUGUGGAAACCGUAUCAGAAGUCUCUGGGAGUUUCCUACAAAAGUACAUAAACGGAACCUGGGGCCUUCAAGACCCGAUAGCCCGCUCGAACCUUGCCGGCUUCUGCUCGCUGGCAUCGAGUCCGAGCGAGAAGAUUCCUGUGUUCCUCACCAACUACCUCUACCACUACGCCGGCCGCCUGGGCGGCGGAGCGGAUCCACAUAUGUAUCCCUUCGUCUUCAACGCCACACGGUGGCGGGCUGCCGGGAACGACAACUCGGGCGCCAUCGGCGCUUUCGUCGCGUUUUUGUUGACAGAUGUGUUCCCCCUGGCGGGGCAGGAAUCAUACUUCGCGACAUACUUCGCGACAUACUUCGCGACGCCUCCCUUCUUUGGAGAGAACAUCUACGUGCAGUCUGCCAGACUCUACGGCGAGGCGUUCAGCAGGGGCUGGAUCGGCUACGACUUCCUCAAGCAGGGCAGGAUGUUGGAGUUGGUGUUGGUUUAG